ACAUUAUUACAUUUUUUAAAUCCACAAUUUAAUAACGCAAUGUAUCUACUUUGGAAAUUAUUUAAUAACAAUUUUUAAGCAUCAACAAAAAAAAAACUCAUCAUCCAAAAGUCUGAUUCACAAAAUUAUCUUUAAUCAUUUGCAAAUAAUGCGCAUUCUUAUGAGUACAGAAUAAUUAAAUGGUCAAAAAUAAAUUUUUCUCUUAUUAUCGUUUAGUGCGUGUCAAAAACACAGGAUUUAUAAUUUAAAAAAAAAAUGAAAUUGUAUAUAAUUUAAAUUCAUUGAGACAGAUUCUGCUACCUCAACCCAAUUCUUAUAAGAGCUAAACGCUCUUUCAAAGAGCAAACAAGUGACAAUGGUGGGAACAACGUCUGGAGAGUAACUCUAAGCAAAUUACAUUCACAAGAAUUUUCCGGAUCAGUAACAGUUAGUAGGUAGAUCAGUUCACUGCCAAGGAAGCUUAGAAUGACUCUGGGAGGAAGAGUUUUUAUUUUGUCAAGCUUUAUUAUUCUGUCAAUUCAUUUUUCUACCGGCACCCUCAAUAUUAAUUCAACGGAAACUUGUAAAGCAUUGAAUGUGACACCAACAAUAACACAGACCGAUUUACUUCAAGAAUUAACAAAAGAUUGUCGAUAUGACAAAUUACAGAGACCACCAGGUGAAAUUUCACGUAAUGAUCCAGUGAAAGUUUCAUGUAGAGCUUAUAUUUAUACCAUUAAGUCUAAUAUGGCAAAGACUUUGGAAUUCGAUGUUCAUAUGAUGUUACAAUUUCGUUAUUUGGAUAAACGAUUGAGUUUUGAAGAGAUUGCACCUUAUCAGGGUCAAAUUUUUGGAGGAAAAUCUGCACAUGAUUUAAUAUGGACACCAUCAGUUUAUGUUGCAAAUGAAAGAAGUUCGGCAAUUAUGGGUAGUGGUGUUAAAGAUCUAUUGAUUUCGAUCGAUCCUUCAGGAAUGGUAAUUCUAAAUACGAGAUUAGAGGCAAUUCUUAAUUGUGGUCUUCGAUUGGAAAAAUUUCCCUUUGACGUUCAAGAGUGUCCACUUGUUUUUGAAAGCUGGACAAACAAUGUCCAAGAAAUGAUAAUUGACUGGGACGAGAAUCCUAUUAUUCUUGCUGAUGAAUUACAUUUAACAGAAUAUAGACUUGUCGAUAAAUGGGUCAAUAAAUCGAAAGUUUCUUAUACUCCAGCUGAACAACAUUAUGGACACUUUGCUGGAAAUUUCAGUACAAUUAGAGUAACAUUUAAAUUAGCUCGAGAAAUGGGUUUCUUUAUGAUGGAUUAUUAUAUACCAUCAAUUUUGAUUGUUGUUAUUUCUUGGGUUUCAUUUUGGUUGCACAUGGAUGCAAGUCCUCCGAGAAUUGUUUUAGGAACAAAUACAAUUUUGGCUUUUAUGACUCUUGCAUCAAAAGUGGAAAAUUCUCUGCCCAAAGUUUCUUACAUAAAAGCAAGUGAAAUUUGGUUUCUCGGUUGUACAAUUUUCUUAUUUGCUGCAAUGGUGGAAUUUGCUUUUGUCAACACAAUUUAUAGAAGAAAGAAAAAUGUGCCACUGAAAAAAGUAAACAGUAAAUAUAUUCUUAAAUCAACACUAACGCCUAGACUGGCAAGAAAACAAUUUCAAAAAAAUACUACUGGUUUGGAAAGAUCAAGAUCUUGGUCGUCAUUGGAUAAUGAUAAUUUUGGUGAACAUGAUUACACAAGUACAAAUUAUCUAACUGUUCAUAGUUUUCCAAGUACAAUAAAUGUUCCUUCAGUAAAGAUAGAUGAGGAAAAAAAUGCAGAUUCGACGGGUAGUAUAGUGACAAUUAAUAGCGUUGCAGCAUCUCCACCACCUGUAAAACCUGUGGCCAGAAGGCCAACAUUAGCUCGACUUAAUAAUUUUACAACAAUGACACCACAAGAAAUUGCACAAUGGAUUGAUAAACGUAGCAGAAUACUUUUUCCUGUUGCCUUCCUCAUAUUUAAUAUUCUCUAUUGGUCUUUUAUUUGGAUUUGAAAACCUACUUGAGAAACGAAUAAAAAAAAUUGUUUCUUAUAUCGAUUAUAAAACUUCGUUUAAUCGUUUCAUUAAAUGAAAAACUAAUUAUUUUAGAAGCAAAUUUAAAAAUAAUUAGUUUAUUUCAAAUAUUUUUUUUUUUUGCCUAAAAUAUUAUCAUUUAAAUACGAUCAAAACUAGAAAAAUAAUUCUCCUAAUUUAAAAAAAAAUAGAUUUUAAGUUUUAUAUUUAAAUUCAAUGGAAUUUUUUCAAUUCCAAUGUAUAGAAUUAAUUAAUUUAUAUAUAAAAAAAUAAGAUGUUUUUUAAUUGUAGAAUUUUUAGAAUAAUUUUAUAUAAAUUUUAUUAUUAUAACCUUUUAACUGUUAAUAAAUUUUUACUAUUUAGAAAUUAGAAGUAAACAAUAAUUUACAUUGAAAAAUGGGAAGUAAACAUUUGG